AUGGAGGCAUUUCCAGUCGGGGACAAGCUGGGCAGCACCCCAGAACCCACCAUUUUGCAGCCUGCCGGGACCGCUCCCCCGCCGGCUUAUCCUGCCCUCGAGUCGCAACAAGGCGAGCACCUGCGCGUCGGGGAGGACGUCCAAUUCAGCGAAGAGGUGGAAGACCGAGGUUUGCUAGAAAGCAGUACAAGAUUAAAACCUCAUGAAGCUCAAAACUAUAGAAAGAAAGCAUUGUGGGUUUCGUGGGCCUCCAUUGUUGUUACACUGGCUCUGGCGGUGGCUGCUUUCACUGUCUCUGUAAUGAGGUACAGUGCUUCAUCAUUUGGAUUUGCAUUUGAUGCUAUUUUGGAUGUGUUGUCUUCAGUGAUAGUUCUGUGGCGUUACAGCAAUGCAGCAGCGGUUCAUUCGGCGCACAGAGAAUAUAUAGCUUGUGUCAUCUUGGGCGUGAUAUUUCUUCUGUCCGCUUUAUGUAUAGUGAUCAAAGCCAUCCAUGACCUUGCAACUAGGUUGCUUCCAGAAGUGGAUGACUUUCUAUACAGUGUUUCGAUUUUAAGUGGAAUCCUUUGUACUUCUUUAGCAGUGAUCAAAUUUAUGUUGGGGAACGUCCUUACAAGCAGAGCAUUGUUAACAGAUGGUUUCAACUCUCUGGUGGGAGGAAUUAUGGGCUUUUCCAUCCUCCUGAGUGCAGAAGUUUUUAAGCACAAUGCUUCUGUUUGGUACUUGGAUGGAAGUAUAGGAGUUCUGAUUGGACUUACAAUAUUUGCCUAUGGUGCCAAGCUGCUUAUGGAUAUGGUUCCCCGUGUACGGCAAACACGUCAUUAUGAAAUGUUUGAAUGAAGGCAACUCAGCUAUUGGACUUGAAUACAUUUUGCAGGAUUUGAAAACAUCCUACAUCCUGGCAAGUGGGCCAGUCCUACUUGCAAGAUUGAAUUUUGCUGUUGUUCAUGUUAUUUUUGCAUCAUCAUUCAAGGAGAAACCAAUCUGUACAAAUAGGCAAAUACAUGCACUGCUUAGAUCUCUGCAAUCGCAUUUGGCAUACGCUCCCCCAAAUCUAGCAAGCUGCAAUAGAAAUGAAUAAGACUUCUAAUCCUUUUUGCUACAUGUUUAAGUGAUCAGGCCUCUCAAGUCACUUGACAGCUGUCCAUUUAACGGGGCCAAAUUAAGAAGAAUCCCAGUCUGACUGUGACUGUUAAAAGACAAACAUGGAGCUUGAGUUUCCCCAGGAAAAGGGACUAAUCUUUUAGUUCUGUUACUCCUAAAAUUCACAACGGAUGAAGGGCAGCACCUCAUUAGUGUCUCGUGAAGUCAAGGGUGUUUUACACACGGUUACAACAAAUCAGAUUUGCUAUUUUUAUUGAUUCAGUAUUAAAAAUAUGAAGUAUUUUCUUCCUACGAGAUGCCACAGUUUCAAUAAAAGGUGCAAUUCACUCCCUCAAUUGCUCAAUCUCAAAUUUUAGGACAUGGUUUCAUUUCAUAGUUUAUUAAAGUAUUUAAAAUAUGUCUGUCUAAUUCUCCCCAUUCCCUCUUUUUCUCUCCCUCUCUGAGUCUCUCUCUCUCUCUCCCUCUCUCCCUCCCUCACUCUCCCCCCCCUCUCUUUCUCUUUCUCUCUCUCUCUAUAUAUAUAUAUCAAGCAACACAUUUUAAGCUGCACAGUCAAAAUAAGCACAAAGUGUUCAUGUACAGUUAAAAGCCAAAAAAGGAUUGAGGUUUAAUGUGUUGAUUUAUAUUAUGCACUUAUGUAGCAGUAUGUCUGGCCAAAACACGGGUGUCCUGUGGAAAUCAUGGUUCCAUUCUGACGGUAAUGUUGACUCUAACUAUGAAGAAUUAGGCUUUUCUAUAGAUAUUCACGUGCUCAUUCAUUUUAUGUUAUUUUAACAUCUGUUUUACAACAUCCAAUUCCCACCUUGUAUAAUAUAUAAAAUGUUUCUUGUUUUAUAAAGGACCUAUAACUAACCUUUAAAAAAGCGGUGUAUAUAGUACAUUAAAGUCUUCCUGUACAGAAGCACCUCCCAUAGACAGGUUACUUCCGUCAAUUUUUGUAGGUGGAAUGUUUUAGCACAAAUUUAACAUAUGAUUAAGUAAAUUAUGUUCUGAAGUUUACUGCUUAAUCCACAUGUGUUAUUAGCUCCUGUAGUUUGAAAAUGGUACAUUUGUAAAGAGGAUAAAGUAAUUUUAUAUCUGGCAAAAAGUGAAAAGUUUAUUGGAAGUAUGUAUAUUGGUGUGGAAUAAUGAUUUGCAGAGGGGCAUCAAAUUUGCAAAUGACACCCCCUACUGUCAUUUACUGAUUUCUUGCUUCUAUAUGCCAUGUUUUGCUGAAUGUAUUUUUGUGGAAAUGCAAAUAGAAACUAAUAGAAGGAAUAUUUAUUUCAUUUCAUUUCAUUGAAUCGGAUGCAAUCUCAAUUAUUUGUUUGAAGGUGUUUCCAUAGGAAUAUUAAUCUCUUCAGUACACUUCAUCACCUCGGACAGAAAUUGUCCAGCCUUGUGGUAAUGUUUUUUAUUCCAUGCAGUCUUCUGAAAUAAAUGCAUUGAACAUGAUCCAAAAUUAGUAUGUAUCUUGACGUGGUCAUAGAAAUAACUUUCUGCACAGGGUAAAUUAAGCUAGCAGCUCAUUAAUUUACUGAGUUUUCUAGAGGGAUCGAUGGCUGGAUUAAACCCUCUGGCAACUUAAAAGCUAACAAAUGUAUUAUUACAUGAAAGGUGUUUUUGAGUAUUUUGACAAAACAAGUUAUGGUCCACCAAAAGCUUAUGGAGGCUAUAUAGGUUAUAGCAUAGUCCUUUGCCUUAGUAUGGAUGACUACAUGGCCAUUUAAAACUUUCACAAAUCUUCCAUGAACUGAGAUUCAAUAAUCUCAUGACAAUGUUCAUGAUGAUGUAAGGGACAAAAAGGUAAAGGUAAAGGUUUCCCCUGUCCAGUCAUGUCCAAGAUUAGGGGGCAGUGCUCAUCUCCAUUUCUUAGUUGAGAGAGCCAACAUUUCCAUGGUCAUGUGGCCAGCAUGACUAUAUACUGAGGCAUAUGAAACAUGUUACCUUCCAAAGUGGUACUUGUUUAUCUACUGGCAUGCUUUUGAACUGCUAGGUUUGCAGGAACUGGGGCAGGAACAGGAGCUCACUCCAUUACGCAGUAGAAUUCAGGUCUCAAACCUGAGCUGUCAAUUUUCCGGCUGACAAGCUCAGAAUCUUUAACAGCUGAGCUUUUGCACCACCUGUAGAGACAACAGGUGUCCAAAUUCCAAUAUUAUGAGAGCCACAAAAUUUCAAACAUUAAACUUUUAAAACAGCUUUGACAUCCACAAUUGCAGUAUCCAUAUGGAUAAAUUGGAAACAAUUGGCCUGAAUAGGCAAGCAGCAUAUAUUCCUAUUUGCAUAUAAAUACAAAAAUGUAUCAUCUCAGUUUUCUCAAUUGUGCAAUAAGCAUUCAUCAAUUAUCAGUGAGCAGGAAAGGUGAGUCACAAUAGAAUUAGAACUGUUACAAUUGAUACACUCCCAUGAUGCCAUUUUAAGAAAAUCAAAGUUAUUCAAUAUAUCGUUAAAUUUAAAUGUAGACUUACAAAAUAAUAAUAGCAUCAUGGGGGGGCCCCAGUGGUAUUGUUUAACAAUGUAAAUAACUUCUUGCAACUUUUCAGUGGUAAGUAGAACAGAUAGCGAAAACAAGUUAAUUACUGAAAAAUAAGAUGUUUCCUAAUGAUAAUGAAAGCCUGCGUGUUCACUCUUAAAAAAUUCUUGUGAUCAAAUCUGUAAAUUUUCCAGACAACAAUUUUCUGGAACAAAAUUGAGCAGGAAACAUUUUGCAAAUAAAUCCAAAUACUUAGUUGUUUUCUUAAAGUGCUUUUGGAGUGCCUUCAGUUGAACUUAAAACACGUACUAAAAAUUUACCCAGCUCUUACUGAACAGAAUGGUGAAAGUAAUCUACUUUAUCUACCUUAUUUCCAUCACUGGCUUCACAAUGAGGGGCGUCUAUGUAUUUAAUGCCCGCAGAGACUGUUUUUGGAUGUUUUCUCCCACUGCAGCUAGAUUGAGGUAUUAUGCCGACAAGUGAUUAGCAAGAAUAAGCAGAUGUGGGAAUUUGCACCUGCUUAAGUUAGAUAUGGGAAAAACCCAGGAGUGUGUAUUUUUGAAAAUGGAAUUCUUAAAUUCACAUGAAGAGCUUUAUGUUCACUAGUUUUUUUCUUUGAAGAAUAAUUUUCACUUCUGCUGUGAAGUAUUAUUAGAGCUGCUCUCAAUUUUAAAAAUAAUAUUGGAUAGAUGGUACUAGCAACUCAUGCAAUCUAAUCAAGUACGUGACAUAUAAUUCCCAAAUCAUUCUUUCCAUGCCAAUUCCCCCUCAUCCAAGUUGUUAUGAUAGAUGCUAAUUCUAGAUUUUUUAGAAUUUCUUACGAUUCCUUCUUUGAACAUGUUUACAUGGAAGAAUCAAGCAAAAAUAAACUGGAUCCUCUUUAAUUUAUACAGAUUUACUGUUUUACAUUGCUUGGUUCUUCCAAAUGGCUUCAUCCAGUUCUCUCUUCACUGCACCUGCCAUUUUCAAAGUUUUCUUAUAUUGAUUUUCAUUGUAAUUUAUUUGAUAGAGCCACUCAGAGUUAUUGAGGGUCUGCUAGCAUACAAAUUAAAAAAAUUACCUGAAGAAAGGAUAAAGUCACUUUAAAGCAAGAUGUAUGUUCGUCUCGUCAUUGCAGAUUGUAGAUUCACAAUAUCAUGAUACCUUUCCUGUGCAGGAGGCUGGGAAUUGAAUUUUAAUAGAGUAAUGGAGAUAUGCUCAGGCAUGCAGAAGAUGGAAUGAAUGAACUGUACUAUAGUGUCAUCCCAUUAACAAAGUUCUUAAGUGAAAAAGCAUCAUGACAUCAGAUUCUCUCUUCCCCUGCAGUGUACGACUUCAAUUCUCCAGAUGAGUGGGAGCCUUAACAGAUUUUUUUUAAACAGAAUGGGUUUUGCGGCAAACAAGCUAUGGAGAAGUUUUGUAGCACAUGGUUUUAUAUUAUGAAUUAUUAGAAGUGUUUUACAUGUCAGCGCUGAACAAACUACAAAACCAAGAACAAAAGACACUAUGAAAAAAGUCAAUUUUCAAAAGGAUUCAAGGAGACAUUUACCUCAGGGUGCAAGCAAUUAGUUGCUGUCUUCACUGAAAAUACUGGGCAAUUUGGUUUUCCUAUCAAAGUGGGUUUCUUUACUAUCUGGAUACACAAACUAAAUAACUUUAUUUCCUCAGUCUAUGUAGGUUUGUAUUUAAUUUCUGUAGCAUAUUUUAUUCUACAUAUCUGGAUUAGAAUAUUUAUGCCCAGUUCACUUGCUAUAUUGUUUCGCUAAUGGAACUGCAAUUUGUUAUUUGAUCACUCUUGCUUUUCUAAUGUUUUUGGGUUAAAUACAAAGAACAAAUCAAUAGUAGCAAUCAUCAAAUCAAAGUUUAUAGUACUGAUAUUUAGAAGUCCUAAAUUAUUCAGAAAGAGUGCAGUACAGGUAGUCCUCAAUUUACAACAAUUCAUUUAGUGACUUCAAAGUUAUAAAGGUACUGAAAAAAGUGAUUUCACUUAGUGACCGUUGCAGUAUCCCCAUGGUCACGUGAUUUACAUUUGGAUGCUUGACAACUGAUUCAUAUUUAUGAUGGUUGCAAUGUCCUGGGGUCAUGUGACCUAUCUUUUGCAACCUGACAAGCCAAGUCAAUGGGGAAGACUUACUUAACAACCGUGUUAUUAAUUUAACAACUGCAGUGAUUCAUUUAACAAAUGUGACAAGAAAAGUUGUAAAAUGGUUCAAAAUUUACAUAACAAAUUUCUCAUUUAGCAACAUCAAUUCUGGACUCAAUUGUUGUCAUAAGUCGAGGACUACCAGUACAUCAGCACUAUGCCAUGAAACUUAUCAUGGACUUUAACCUCUUUUUCCUUUUAUAAAGCAAAAGCGGUUUUCCCUAGUUGUGAGUCUUCCAAUUCUGGAGGUUUUAAAGAAGAGAUUGGACAAUCAUUUAUCUGAAAUGGGUUUCCUGCCUGAGAAGACCUCCAAGGUCCCUUCCAACUCUGUUAUUCUGUUAGUUGUUUGGGUUAUCUAGCACAAAACUAUUACAAAAGCAUAGAACAAUGAAAUCAAAGUAUAUGCAUCUAUUAAGACCCAUGGUCUCUCCUAAAUCCUCAGGGUUCUAAAUGUAAUUUAUCAAUUGAGAAUACGAAGCAUGAUUAUGAGGGUACACAUAUAGGUCUUCAUUUAAAUACAGUUCAUGAUUCUGUACCAUUUAAUAUUUGGAAUUGACUGACACUGGUCUUUUAUUUUCCAUUUAGAACUUUUAACUUAAUCCCCACCAAAGCCUACAGAAAAUCAGCUGGGAUAUCUUGUUUCUUUGUUUUCUAACAUGUGGUACAAAUAGUGCAUUGAGAAAUUCAGUAUGCUGAGAUUCCUUCAAGCACACACAUCGAUAAGCAAUGUGGGAUUUUUGGUGCUGGGUAUACAAUAUUCUCUCUUCUUCCAAAAAAACCCUCUUUGAAACCCAGAUGAUUAAUUUUUAUUAUAUCUAUUAUACCUCAAAUCUAGUUCUAAUAUUCAUAUUUCUAUUAGCCAUUAUUUGAACAUUCAAUUUAUAAAAAAUAAAGGCACCAAUAUUAACACAAUAGGUGAGAUACCACCAUGGAAAAACCAAACGCAACCCACAACUAUUAAGUGUAUUGAUGAAUUACAUAGGAGACAAUAUAAAAUAUAUUUGAGAUAAAAGCUAUAGAUAGAUGUACAAAUCAACUUGAGUAUAUGAAAUAAAUGAGGUUUUUAUUGGCAUUUUUAAACAGUGUAUUCAUUCUUUUCAAAGGCAAUGUUAUUUUUAAAAUAAAUUAUGCAAAUGCUUUCUCAGGUUUUGGUAAUCUCAGAUUUUAAAAAUAUCAGUUCAAACAAUAAUGUUCUUGACACAUGAAGAUUUAUAGCUUUAGGAU